AUGGAAGCCCUACGAGAGCUAGGAGUAAAAGAAGUUGAAGUAUUUGGAGAUUCAACUUUGGUUAUAGUCCAAGCACAUAAAUUAUGGAAGGUGAAGGAAGAACACCUAAAGCCUUAUCAACAAUACUUGGAGGAGUUGACAAGAACCUUCGACAAAGUUGAAUACACCAUCAUCCCUAGGGCUCAGAAUCAGUUUGCAGAUGCUUUGGCUACUUUGGCGUUUGUAGUUGAAAUACCCAAAGGAGUAUGGACACGACCCUUAGAGAUCAAGCAAAGCAAUCAAUUGGCACACAAAGAGAAGGGCCAUUUAGCUGUCUUAGCCAUGGAAGAGGAGAGAGUCCCUUGGUUCUACAACAUCAUGAAGUUUCUAGAGUUAGGAAGUUAUCCUGAUGGUGCCAAUAGAAAAGAGUGUCAUUCAGUUAGGAUGAUAGUGAUGAAAUACCUUCUAUAUGGAGGUUAA